CCCGGCGCCCCGAGCAGCCCAAGCGGGGGCGCACAGCUGGGGCGCAGCCCGCGCCCCCCGCCGCGACUGACAUGAUGUUUCCACAAAGCAGGCAUUCGGGCUCUUCGCACCUGCCCCAGCAACUCAAAUUCACCACCUCGGACUCCUGUGAUCGAAUCAAAGAUGAGUUUCAGCUGCUGCAGGCCCAGUACCACAGCCUGAAGCUCGAAUGUGACAAGUUGGCGAGUGAGAAGUCGGAGAUGCAGCGUCACUAUGUGAUGUACUACGAGAUGUCAUAUGGCUUGAACAUUGAAAUGCACAAGCAGGCUGAAAUCGUGAAGAGGUUGAAUGGGAUCUGUGCCCAGGUUCUGCCCUACCUGUCCCAAGAGCACCAACAGCAAGUCUUGGGAGCCAUCGAGAGAGCUAAGCAGGUCACUGCCCCUGAGCUGAACUCUAUCAUCCGACAGCAGCUCCAAGCCCACCAGCUGUCACAACUGCAGGCCCUGGCCCUGCCCCUGACCCCGCUGCCCGUGGGGUUGCAGCCGCCCUCACUGCCGGCGGUCAGCGCGGGUACAGGCCUUCUCUCGCUGUCCGCACUGGGCUCCCAGGCCCACCUCUCCAAGGAAGAUAAGAAUGGGCACGAUGGUGACACCCACCAGGAGGAUGAUGGGGAGAAGUCGGAUUAGCGGGUGGCCGGCAUGGAGGGGGUGGCGGGACAGGGGAGACAGACAUGGAAAGAAAGGAAUGUUCAGCCCACAUGCCACAGUAUAGCUUAACUCUGAUAGUAUUUAUGGCAGCCGCCUGCUGGAGCC